GACUUGAAAAAUGAGUAAGCACAACAUCAAUGGUUAGUUGAUUUCAAGCUAUCAGAGCGUGCACACACGUAUCGUUUGUUGCAAUUGUGGCGUCUAUCUAUUAGUUCAAAUCAGUCGUUUACGAUCUUGUGCUGGCGUUCAACGUGCGAAUAUAUCAAUUUGAAAGCGUGUUAUAGCUUUGCGAACAUAAGCGAGGCAAAACCUUUUACCAUCAUUAGAAGUGUGUAGUCGUUUUGAAUGUUCAUUAGCGUGUAUACAAAUAAAUUCAUUGGGAGAAUUCUCGGAAAUCUGAUAUAAUGAUGAGUGAGCUUAUGUUAGUGAAGAAGUGAUGUGAAAAAAUAGGCAAAUAAUUAAGCGAAUAUAGAUGAAUUUAAUUUAAUUCCAUACGACAACAGUCGACAGACAACGACCAAAAAUAAACUCAUCCAUGUACUCGAUAUUGUUGCUAUGGAUAAUUAUUUAAUUAUCGAAAAUAAAAUUCAUGCGUAAAUCAAUAACGAACACACAAAAAAGUCAAAACAUAUUCAGUUUUAACAUAUAUCUAUAACAAAAACAAAUAAAAUUGUGCGGUGAAUGAAGAAAAAACCCACUUGACAUUUAAUUUGAGAGUACAAAUUUCUCAGAAACUUAAAUUGGGCGAACCAAAAUAAAAAUUUCCACAAAGAAACACAGAAAAAAAAACGAAUUAAAAACAAGUCAGAAAAGACGUGAAAAAAAAACAUUUUUUUCAUAAACAAAUGAAACUUACCGCGUCUUAAUUUAUUUGACACUCUCACAUAAAAGCGAAUUGUGAACGCGAACCGCGCGAACGUAUAUAAACUGAUCUUUGUCUGACACAAGUAGCACGCCAACCAACGGCUCUCUCUCAUUCAUUAAAAAAAAAAACAAACACACGUCGGAGAUUUACAUGCAUGUAUUGCGUAUGCAAGAUUCUAAGAAAUUAUCAUUUCACUUUAAUUUGAGUUGCUGUUUUUGUUUUCGUGCAAUUGUCUGUUCAUUCAUUCGUGUGUUAUUUUGUCAUUAUUUCGUCUCAUUUUAACUGCGCCUGUUGAAGUGAUAAAAACUAUAGAAAAGAGAUAACCGUAUUGUGGUGAACGAAAUGAGCUUAACCAACAAAGAUAUUGGCAAUUCAAAUCUUUUGUGUAUCGUUAAAUGUGUAUGAAAUCAAUCGUUUCGACUCAUUUCAUUUGGCAUAAUAAAAAGAAGUAGAAAAAUUUAUGUUAAAAUCAAAUAAAUAAUAUAUAAAAUCCGUUCCAAUUUUCCGCCCGGUUCAAUAAAAUUACACAGAAUUGACUCGAAUUAUAAAUAAAUUUGUCGGUCGAUUUGAAUUACUUGUCGUGUGUGCGUGUGUUUGUAAGUGAUAUUUAUAUGUAAACAAAAGAACAGCAAGUUCAAGCGCAAAUAAUAGAACGACAGAAAAAAACACAUAUAUAAAGCAGAAAAAGAGCAAAAUCAUUAUUAAAGACUCAGUCAUUGUAUCAAAUUCAUCGUCAAAUUCAAAGAAACGAAUGACAAAAAAUCCAAACAACACAGAAAUUAAUACAAUAAUACAAUCCGGACACAUGAAUAUUAAACAUUUCAUGCGAAAAGCAAAUCAAUAAAACCAACACAUCAUAAACAACAACCUUUUUUUUAAUUCAAGUAAUAAAUUCGAAUUUAUCAACACAAAGUAAUUAAAACGCAUAGACAUGGCUGGAAAAAGUGUGAUUUCGUUAGAUGUAUUCAUUGUAGUUUUACUGAUAACUUGUGAUAAAUUUGCUUCAGCCAUAAACGAAUGUCAAACGCAUCAAUUUUCAAAAUCGAUAAAUUCAACGCAAAUGCAAUUCACAAAGGAGGCCGUCAGCCGUGAAUACGCUUUGAACGGACAGUUCAAAAGUUUGCAGUGUUGCGUUAAGUCCUACCGAAGCAUCGAAUGGUUUAAAAACGGACAACCAUACCCAUGGUCUUCAUCAUUAAUUCUGUAUCCGCAAGCAGAAAACCAGACGAUUUACACGAGACACGCAACAGUCAACGACAAUGGGAAUUAUACAUGUGUAAUUCGCAACGAUACUCAUAAAAUGGAGCAUGUUAUCGAAUUUACUGUUCAAGCGAGCCUACCAGAUUCGCCUCUGGCGACAUACAAACCACACGAUCAGUAUAUUGAACGGAGCAAAGAGGCACGUUUCUAUUGUGAAGCAUUUGUCGGAUCCAUUCGUUUACCGGACUCGAAAAGUUUCAUUUCAUGGUUUCGAGUGUUUGAUGAUGGUCUUGAGCAAAAUAUUGAAGCACAGGAAGUGAUAAGAAGAGAGGACAAUCAAAUCGUUGGUGCAUUAUUAAUAAUCUCUGCGGUCGAGCUACACGAUUAUGGUCGAUAUUUAUGCCGAAUUGAAAACGGAAAUGCUGCUCAUCGUCUGGAAAUGUCUGCAUGGUUGAUUGGUGCAACUCCAAUUAAUGCCCAAAAUGAUUCAUUGAUGCCGGCUUUAGUACUUGCUCUGAGUGCGGUUACUUUAUUCAUAUUAAUGAUGUUGGCCAUCAAAUAUUUAUCGGUGUAUGUUAGAUCGCAUCAUCGGCGCGAUAAGAAAUUGUGUCAUUCGAUGCAUUCGAGUGAAUCGAUUAGAAUUCGAGAAGUAAUAUAAGUUAAAAUAAAAAUGAUAUACUACCACCACGACUAAAGAAUAUUUUAAAGAUAAUUCACUUCAAUUCCAUUCAAAUCGGUUUCAUUUACUUAAUUCAUUACUUAACCUAUUCCAUUCAUUUUCGCAACAUCGCAAACGAAAUUUUACCGAUUGACAAUGUUAUUGAUUCUCAUUACAAUUAUGAUUUGAAGAAUGUCGACUUUUGACAUUUUUUGCGAAUUUUCUGGUGAUUUUUUUUCUAUUUGCAAGUAAUUUUUAUGAAUGUUUUUCGAAUGCAUUGAAGAAUUAUUAUUUUAGUGACGAAUAUACUAUACUAUUUUGUAAAUAGUAUAAUGCUAUGUACUGUUCUUUUUUUGAGGAAAAAGAAAACAAAAAUUAUAGUCAGAUACUUAAUAUUAUGUAUUAUAAUAUUCUAAUUUAUUGAAAUGAUCGCAUUAGAUAACAGUAGCCAUAGAUGUUAAAAUAUCAAUUUUCAAUGAUAGAUGGAAAACGGAGAAUUAUACUUCUGGUUAAUGAUAUCAAAACAAUUAAAUUAAAUGUUCAUUUUGAAAAUGGUUUAGCACACAGGUCAAGAAAGUUUGUCAAAAAAUCUUGCACGCGCAGAAUAAAAUAUAGCAUUCAAAGAAUAUAAAUAUAUCUUAGAUUUUAUGUGUAAGUGUUUACUCGGCAUUGUUCGAUGUGAAGAUAUAUGUGACUGUAAUUUGCUAUAAUAUAAAUAUAUAUAUGUAUGAGAAUAAAUGAAUCAUUUUACUUCGUAACUUAAAGAAACCA